UAUACAUAUAAUAGUGUUUCAUGACAGAAAAUAGCAAGGUGAAACAUGUAUUACAUGUUUUUCACCAUGUGCAUCAGAAACAGUGUCAUAACACACCGGUGUACCCACAGACAGGAUGGUCGUCGAAUAUAUAUGUGGGUGGUCAGGAAGUGGUAGCUUGUCACCAGUAAAGUGAGACCAUGCAGUGUGACAGCAGCAGAUGAAAAUGAUCUGAGUAGUUUCAGGUCAUGAACAUGUUGGGCCUAAUGGACAGACUAACAUACAUUCAUCUGUUAAUGCUUUAUUUUUUUGUUUCCAUCCAUGGAAGACGUGAAGGUUUGUUUCCCAGAUGUGAAGUUAUGGCGAACGUCCGAAGAGGCACUACAGUGAAAAAGAUCCCACAACAAUCUGUGACAGUCAGCUGUCCUGUCGUUCACUGUGGAAAGUCACUGAAUGUAACCUGGUGUAAACUUUCGAACACCGGCAGAUGUCAACAAAUAGGAAACACAGAGAAUGUAGAAAUACGACAGGACGGCCACCUCAAGGAUAAACUCAUCUCUUAUCUAACUUUCAAACAGAUUUCUGUAUAUGAUGAUGGCCUGUACAGAUGUGAAUUGCAUGGAUUGGCAAAUGGUGAAUCACAUAUCAGUCACCACAUCAACAUCUCAGUUUCAGACAUGCAUCAAGGGCUAGAAUCAGAUGGCAGCAUUGCAGCUGCAUCACUGAACCAGGCUGUUGAUGAGUCUGCUUCCUGGCAUCCCUACUUCUAUAUCUGCGGAGGCAUCGCUCUUUUGGUCUUCACAUUAACCGCGUUAACUCUGCUACAGUUUUACGGCUGUCAACAAGUACCAAACAACAAGGCAACACAGAAUCAGAAAAUGUACACUCAUAUGAUUCCUGACCUCCCCAAGUGGUUUGCACCUUUCUCUCCUGGCUCACAGACCCAAUACGUUCUGAAUGACAUCUACUCUGCGAGUGCACUUGCACCCCCUCCCCUGAUCACGGAUGGGAAGCAGCCUUUAGAGAGCACAGCUAAUAAACAUCGAGAGGAUGCUGUCAUCAACCAUGCACAGUCUGAGAUUUCUGCCAGCAAACAGCAUGUUGCGACCGAACAAGAUAAAGACCCACAGUAUCCUGCAAUAUUGUGUGUUUCCCCCCUGGGGGAGGAAUAAAGUCAUUCAAUUCAAUUCAAUCAUUGUUUCCUGAACCUUUAGGAUUUUUCACAGACACAUGGUUGGAAAUAUAUACAUACAGUAUAAAUAUAACAGGCAAAUAGGUUGACAUACUGUAGAUAAGGUGGAGGAGGCUUGUGUUCAUGUAUGUAUGUCUAGAGCAAAGCAGACAGUAUAUUUAAUUUGAUCUCUAAAACUCACAUUUCCUCCAUCUGUUGCUGUUUUUUUAUUAUUAUUAAUGUCUUGUUAGGUUUCUGCUAUUUUUAUCCACACUCAUUUGAUGGUUUAAGCGUUGGAUGGUGUUUUGUAUUAGGCAAAUGAAAGCAUUUGAAUAUAAUCUAUGAAAGGUGCAAGGAAAAUUGUUUUUUCUUUUGAAAAGUAGCAGAUGUGGUCUCUUCAAUAUUAAUGUUUGCUUCUUUUUUUUUAGUUAACAUAUUCAUAUUAUAGAGUAAAGAUUAUUUGGCAACACAGAGUCAAAUGAGUGUAGUGUUUUUCACUUCUGCCAGUGGAAAUGUAUCACCAGGCCUGUCAAUGUGGUUCAGCUUACAUGUGCAGGAAGUUAAGAAGAGGAUCAAAACUAUCUCUGGCAUUAUCCUUUGUAGUAGCAUAUGUUCAGCCAUGUGAUGCCAAUUUAAAGUCAGCAGACAUCAACCACCAGAAAACAAAGACGGGAACAAAAUGAAUGAAUCAAACUUUAAAACAAUACAGCUUCGUCCCUUUCUUUUGAGCUUGUGAGUUGUUAAAAUAAUUUAUUGUCUACUUGCAUUUCUUUGAUACAACUUGGCCUGACUGUGGACAUGAGUUGUGAGCAGUUCAACAGAUGGAAUUUGAAAGCGAGGAAAAAUACACAUUUUCAUAAUGUUUAAAAAACUAAAAGAACAACACAUUUGUACGAGAAACAAAUGUCCUCAUAGGUCUUUCUUGCAUAAAGGACUAUUGAGCAUUAGAAGCUUCAGUGUAACCAUCAACACAAACAUAUUUUCCAUGUCAGCUGUGGUGACUGAAGCCCACACUGAGGUCGUGUUCACAUGACAGCGAGAUGAAGAGUGUGUAGGCAUGUGUGAAAGCGUCGUUUGAGACGGGCCUGAUUAGAUCGAGCCUGGGGUCAGCCAGAGAGUGUGUGGGUGCAGUCUGCAGCAGUGCAGCUUAAAAAUGAUUGCACAAAUAGUGCAGAGAAGCCAGAUGCUUAUGGCUUUGUCCUAGUCUCUGGUCAAUAAACACUGAGAGUUGGCAGCCCUGAACAGCAAGAGCCAACAAAGAAAAGGGGGUAAACUGGAGGCCCAUACACUAUUGUGCCAAUCUCCAGGAUGACUAUGGGAACAUUUUCAGAAACAUUUAUGAAGAACAUAAACUGAAGCUGACCAUUCAUGACACGCCCAGAGUGCCACACUGGGGUAUUAAAAAAGGAAAAGCGUCAGUGGAAGUGUGAACAACAGCAGCUGCCCCACGUGUGUAUCUGUCUUGGACAGGGAAACAUUACAAGUGCCCAAGCAUAGACUUCCUACAUGAUCUACCUCACUUG